GCUGCGGCUGCUGGCGGGUCGGCCUGGUUGAGCAGGAAGCCCCAUGAGUGCGGCGCCCCUGGUGGGCUACAGUAGCAGCGACUCGGAGGAUGAGGCUGAGGCGGGGGCCCGAGCCUGGUCCGGGACUGGAGGCAGCAGUCGUGGGCAGAGCCCGCUUCCCAGCCAGCGGUUGCCGGUACCCGAGAGCGUGUUGCACAUGUUCCCAGACACUGAGGAGGGGCCUGAAGACGACAGUGCAAAACACGGGGGACGGGUGCGCACCUUCCCCCACGAGCGGGGCAACUGGGCCACCCACGUCUAUAUACCUUAUGAAGCCGGGGAGGAGUUCCUGGACCUGCUGGACAUGCUGCUGCCCCAUGCACAGACCUAUGUGGCCCGGCUGGUGAGGAUGGAGGCAUUCCACGUGAGCCUGUCCCACAGUGUGGUCCUGCGCCAUCACUGGAUCCUCCCCUUUGUGCAGGCCCUGAAAGACCGCAUGGCCUCCUGCCAGAGAUUCUUCUUUACUGCCAACCGGGUAAAGAUUUAUACCAAUCAAGAGAAAACCAGGACCUUUGUUGGGCUCGAGGUCACCUCGGGGCAUGCCCAGUUCCUGGACCUGGUUUCAGAGGUGGACAGAGUCAUGGAGGAAUUUGACCUCACCACCUUCUACCAGGACCCCUCCUUCCACAUCAGCCUGGCCUGGUGCGUGGGGGAUGCCCGUCUCCAGCUGGAAGCACAGUGCCUGCGGGAGCUCCAGGAACUCGUGGACGAGUUUGAGGACUCGGAGACGCUGCUGCGCGUGCACGCCGAGCAGGUGCGCUGCAAGUCUGGGAACAAGUUCUUCUCCCUGCCUUUGAAGUGAGGCCAAGCAGAGCUAGAGGGGCCUGAUCGAAAGGAGGGGCUGCGCCCCGCUUCCUCCGGCCUGAGGGGCGGCCACUCCCUCCUCCUUCCCUGGAGCCGCGCUCCAUCUCCGUCAGUCAGUGCGGCUAGGUCACGUCAUUUCCAGAAGUCACCAGUAGAGGGCAGCCUGGACUUCCUAGUUCUUGCUCUGGGGAUGGUUAUGCAAAACAAUCAUUUGCUUCUGGGGUGAGCCCACCCAUCCGCAGCCAGGAUCCUCAGCCUGCACCCGCCAGGAGCCCCUCCUGGAGCGGCUCCCCCCUCCACUGUUGGCGUUUUGAUGCACGGGUCUCGACCAUGGUUUUCGGUUCAUCUUCAUGCAAGGACGUGGUGCUCGCAUGGGUCUGUUACCCUCCUUCCUGGAAGCAUGUCAUUUUUAUUUAUCUGCUUUUAGCCACACCCCCUCCUCCGCCAGGGAGGCCACUUCUGGCCCAAGGUAGAGGGUGCUAAUUUGCGGUUCAGUUUUCUCUCUCUCUUCCUCCUAUUCGCCCCAGCCAGGGAGAUGAGAGCAGAUGUUUCGCUUUGGCCAGGCAGGUGGCUUAGAGCCAGGAGCCCAGUGCUUGGACCUCUGGCCUCGCCCCGAACACUGUGACCUCUGGCUUCGCACCAGUUUUCCCAGGGCAGCAGAAACACACCUUCCCCCAGCAGGUUGCCCCCUGCUGCUCCUGCAGCCUGCCCUGGCCUGGCCUUGGGCCUCCAAGUGGUGGGGUCCCGGAGGGGGGAGGGGGGCACAGGAUUUUUAUUUUUCAUUAAGUGCUCACCAGAGCAAGCAGCCCUCUCCAGUAGCCAUCUGGCUUUCUGGUGAUGAAUGAAAAGACUUUUUUUAUGUGAUAGUUUUCAGUGAUGAUCAACAAAUAAAAAUUGCCAUUUUUAUUUUGGA